UCUAUAAUAGCAUGGCAGCCUCCAUGAGUGUUGCCAACGCCGCAGCUAACGGCGAUUUAACGUAUGCUCGACAAUGUGUAGAAAAUGGUGGAAAAGUAAAUGAAUACUCAAGAGAUGGCAUGACACCAUUAGCUGUAGCCUCUUUCUGGGGAUAUGCUGACAUUGCAGAAUUCUUACUGGAAGUAGGAGCCAACAUAAACUUGUGCAAUAAAGGAACACAGUGGACACCACUUCAUUGUGCUGCUUUCCAAGGUCAUGGGAAGGUCAUAAUGAAAUUGAUGGAUCAUAACCCUGACAUGACAUUUAAGGACAGUCAAGGAAGGACAGCAGUUGAUUUUGCAUCAGCUUUAGACUCAAUAUGGCCAUUUUUUGCUGCUGCAGGAUGUAGACGUACUAUGAAGUCAGAAUUAAUACAAAUGGAUAUUGUUAAAAAGCUUAGCCAAGAUGAUCCUUCAAUUGCUGUUAUUCCAAGAUCAGAUUUUGCUCAUUUCUCACGACCAGGGUCUGCUUAUGUCAUGAGAUCUCAGCCAAUGAAUGGACCAAGUACAGACAAAUAUAAGAUGGAGGCUGCACAAACAGGUGAUGUAUUAGCUGGAACACCUGAUGAAAUGAACCAGUGGGACAGACGAGGGAAUCCAUCAUUGUCCAUGUGGAGAAGUUGAUGACAUUAUGUUAUAAGUCUUUCAGCCAUCCGUCCCAUUGCCAACACAAUAAGUUUAUAAAACAAUGUAGAAUGUGAUAUGCUGAUAUUGAAGCAUACAUUCCUGUUAUUAUAAUCAUUUACAUAUAGAUAUUUUAUAAAUUUUCAUGUAAAUAAUAAUAAUGUAUUAAGAUUUAUUUAUACAGUUGUUUAUUAAUGUUUUAUAUACUGUUAUAUUGGUUUCUUGAUCUCAUUACUGUAUUUAUUAAAUAAUUUACUUUAUGUACAUGUUCCAUACUUAUUGAACUAAGUUGAAGAAAAAAGUAUAAAUUUUAAUUUGCUGAAAAAAUGACAAUCCGAAACAGAGAGAAAAACAUCUUUAUGCAGUUUAUUGCAUGCACAUAUAAUUUAACAAUAUGUUUUCAUGUUUUGCCAGAAAAUUAAAACUUUGUAGAAAUAUCUGAAGAAUGAACACAGUUGGUGUGCAACAAUUGUACAGUACGAGUGAUUCCUGACUCAUUUCUGGGAUUUGUUUUGUUUAUCAAAUUGACAGGAAAUCGCCGCUUUUUAAUUUUUUUACCUUUAAAAGUGUUUGAAUAUUACAGAUAAUAGUUGCACUUGUUUUAUUUAGCAUGAAAUCAUUUUGCAAUUUACGAAUAAGUUUCAAAUCUGCUGAAGAGAAUUUCACGCAUGCAUAUUACAUAGUAAAUAAAGCACAUGUGUGUUACAUGUGAAAAAUUAGUUGUGUUUCUACGUAAAUUUAAUUAAGUUUUAAUAUUUAAAUCAGAAUUGAAGAUUUGUCUUUGCUGAAAAGUAAUUUAAUAAUAAAGACAGUUGUCAUGGAAUUUUAAUUUCUUUAGUACACUAUUAGUUCUGAGCUUGUGAUCAGUGACAGAUGUGAAUUAUUCAAUUAAAAACACAGGUAAAAAGUGAUUAACGAUCAUUAGCCAAUAUUUCCCCGAGGCAUUAAUAUAGUUAUUAGGAGGGCCCUCAGGAUUAUAAUACUAUACUAGAGUGGCAGUUUUAUUACAGUAAGGGGAUAACAAAACAAAAACAAGUGCAAAGUGGCGAUUAAGAAAUCCGAUCUCAACGAAAUGACCGAAAUUAUUUCUGUAAAAAAAUAAAAUUUGUCCUAAAUCCCAAUUUGUCCUAUAGGACAAAUAGAUUUCAGAUUUGGUCAUGUCUGGCAAAUAUGACCGUUUCCGGACCCUUGGUGACACAUCAUGGUUUUUCAUUUGUUGUUUAUUGUGUUCAAACACUGGGAUUAUAAAACAAUUGCCAGUUUUAGUUAUAAAUGAUAGACAAUUGAUUGAUUUUGUACAGAUUUUUUAUUUGUAUAGUGCACUUUGUAUUUAAAUAUAUCAAAUAAGAAUUAAUUUCACUGUAUUCAUCACAAAUACAUGGUUACUGUUGCAAGUAGAGUCUAGAUUGCCAAUGACUGUUUUAAAGCUUUAAUUAAAAAAAAAAAAAAAUUAUAUUUUUUCUCAUAUUUCACCAAUAUUUAAUUCAUGGAUGAUUUUUGCCUGUUAAUUAUCGUGAUGUUACUGUAGCCAUUGUCUGCUCUUUGAAGUCAUGAUGUAAAAAAAACAUAUUGGACAUAAAUUUCAGUUUGUAUGGUUUUUCACAUCUAAAUAAUUUGUAAAAUACUUAAUCCUGUUGCUACAGGAAGAUGUUGGCAUAGUCUGCAUUGUUGGUAGAGCGUGUAUUAACUUAAUAUGAACUGUUUUAUAUUUGAUUAAUCAGUAAUUGAUAGCUACACUAACUGUUAAGUUAGGUGAAAGUGCAGAUUCAUAUUACCGUAUAAUUUUGAUUUUGGUCAUAUUUCUGUAUGUUAGUUUUAUAUGUUCCAAUAUAAAAGAUGACUUCUUAUUUUAAUUAAAGUGGAUAUCUGUUGUUAUAGUUAUACAAUGAAAUUGUACAGUUGUAAAAUGGUGCAAAGGGAGAUAACUACAAUGCUUACUUGCUUGGUCUGUGAGAGAAAUGACUUGAUUGUUCAAAGCUAAGGAUUUUUUAGUAUGAAAAAAAAUCUUUAAUUUCAUUUAUUUUUUUUUUUAAAUGUUCUUCUGAACUUUGCACAUUUUGCCUUGGAAAGGAAAAUACAUUUUCCAAAAACAAAAAUGUAUUGAUGGUAUAUUUUUUUUUAAUGCAGAAAUUUAAUUGUUCUUUCAAUUAAACAGUUUGCUUUAUAUAGGCAAAUAAAUCAAAUGAUUGAAUUGUAUGUAAUAGAUUGUACUCUAACAACUGGGAACACAGUAUUAUAAGAAGCUAGGUCAUUGUCAACAAUAAGAGGAGUUUCACAUUGAUGUAUAAUCAUUUUUGUGAUUAUGAAUUAUAUUGUAAAUCUUUCAAAAUUCUAAGACUAAAAUAUAAAAUUUAGUUUUUUUUUGGUAAUUUUGCUGAAUUUUUCUUAAACCUCUGAGGUUGUUUCGUAAACAGGUAAAUUUAGAUUAAUUAUACACAUCAUGGUUUUUCAUUUGUUGUUUAUUGUGUUCAAACACUGGGAUUAUAAAACAAUUGCCAGUUUUAGUAAUAAAUGAUAGACGAUUGAUUGAUUUUGUACAGAUUUUUAAAAAAAGUGGGGGUAUACUGUUUUACCUCUGUCUGUCCAUCCGUCAGUCCAUCCAUCCAUCCGUCAGUCCGUCCGUCCGUCCCAUGAAUAUUUUUGUCGCAUCUUUCUCAGGAACUACAUUACAAAGAUUUCUGAAAUUUGGUUUCAGGGUUUAUAUAAGUCAGCUAUACUGAGUGAUGCAUUUUCAGAUUCACCACUCAACAACUUCCUGUUUACGGAACACUUGUAUCAUUUUACACAUGAUAGCCAAGUUGAAAAUUUUCGUCACAUUUUUCUCAGGAACUACAAUACAAGAAUUUCUGAAAUUUGGUUUCAUGGUUUAUAUAAGUCAUCUAUAUCGUGUGAUGCGUUUUCAGAUUCAUCACUCAACAACUUCCUGUUUACCGAAAUAUUUGGGCGGGGGUAUCAUCAGUGAGCAGUAGCUCGCAGUUUCACUUGUUUAGUCAGCAAUAAACAAUAAAUGGACAUUACUAACAAUUUUAAUUACAUGUUAGCAGUGUUGUUUCAUUUCAAAGCUUUACAGAACUUUGGUAUAUCAUGUGAAAGUAAGUUUAGAUUUACUGACCUUUGUUAAAUUUUCAUUUUUCUAAUAUUUCUAUAUGAGUCUGGUUUUUUUUGAAGCAAGUACAUUUAAAAGUGUUUCUAACCCUUUUUUUUUUUGAUUGAAAUACGAUCAAAGAGAGUAUUAGGACAUCUUCCAAUAAAUUCUAAAUGUUCCAUUAUAGAAUUGUCAUAAGAUUUCUUUUGGUAUCUGAUUUGAUGGGUAAUUAUAUAUAUAUAUAAUUCUGUACAAUUAUUUUAGAUUUGUAGUUCUGUGAUCUGAUUCCAUUAUUAUGAGGUCAUUAUAACAGAAAUCUGUAAAAAUUGGUCUUUGAACAUGCAUUAUCUUGUUAAUAAUUUUCUCCCCUGUACAUAUAUUGACUUCCCAUAAAUGGUUGCAAAGGUAUCUGUAGGGAAAUUAUAUUUAUGAAACAGGUACAUUUUCAAGAAUAGUAACAUAAUAUAAUUAACCGAAUUUUGCUAAUUUAUUAUGAAGUGAUGCUACACAGAAAUAACAGAUAUCACCAUUGAAUAACAUUUUCUGAUUUAUAAUGAAUGUUUUCUUCCUAUUAAAGUACAGACAAAAUAUCUUUAUUGAUUUGUUGUUUUUUAUCUGUAAUAAAAUUACAUUAAUAUA